CUAGGGCCGCGCUGGCGCGUCCGUGUGGAAAGCGGCUUUGUAGGCGUAGCUUGCGCAGCCCCCGGGACCUCUCCGUGCACCACUUUAGUCCCAGGGCCACCGGCUCCUGUGCGGACACGUACUGCUUGCGAGGCCUCCGUGCGCACCUAAGCCAAGCCUAGCGGAAUCAAAUUGAGCCCCGCCUUCCAAGCUGUUCGCCAUGGUGGACGAGCUGCUGCUGCUGCUGCACGCCCUCCUGGUGCGGCACCGCGCCUUGAGCAUCGAGAACAGCCAGCUUAUGGAACAGCUGCGGCUUCUGGUGUGCGAAAGAGCCACCCUGCUGCGCCAGGUACGUCCACCGAGCUGCCCGGUGCCCUUCCCGGAAAAGUUUAACGGCGAGACCUCCCGUCUCCCCGAGUUUAUCGUGCAGACGGCGUCUUACAUGCUUGUCAACGAGAACCGCUUCUGCAACGACGCCAUGAAAGUGGCAUUCCUAAUCAGCCUGCUCACCGGGGAAGCCGAGGAGUGGGUGGUGCCCUACAUUGAGAUGGAUAGCCCCAUCUUAAGUGAUUACCGGGCCUUCCUGGAGGAGCUGAAACAAUGUUUUGGCUGGGAUGACGAGGAAGAUGAUGAUGACAACGAAGAAGAUGGUUACUAGGCCUAGAGACCCUGGGGCCUAAAGGGGAGGGCCCUGCACGCUGCCACCCCCCCACAUCCCACUCUGCCCUUCCAGGAGCCACCGUGCUCCACCUUGGCCCUCCAAUCUCUUUCACUACCCAUUAUCUCCAGUUCUCUCCCUCAUCCCCAUAGUGCUUGUCUUUGUUCCAAGAAUUGUGCUCCAGUUACUUGCUGGGGCUGGGAAUUAUCACUGAAACACACUGCCACCUACUGGCCUGCCCUAGGACUCACCCCUGCUAAUUUGGACUGUGUCCUGAGCCCUCUGAGCCCUGUUACAAACUGGUUGACUAUGCACAGCCCUGCCAACUGCCAGGCCUGCAUUUGCCCAAAGACCUACGCUGUCACUACACCACCAUCCACUACAUUCCAGCAACAGACCACCACCACCUUUGGAGAUAAGGAGCCACCUAGAAGAUGCCUGAGUUGGCUACACCUCCUUGGACAUUGAUUUGGACAUCUCGCUAACCUUUGAAGGGGCCAGUCUUUCAAUCUGGUUAGUUCUCUACCUAUUUCCUGAGUCCUCCCCUCCCCCACCAGAUUGCUGCAGGGGCCUAGUGUGCUGGGGAAGCCAAAUUGUUGACAUUUCUUUUAUGCUAUGCAUCAGUUUUGCAUAGCUGUCAUUUUUCUUUAAAAAUUGCAGCAGUCCCACAGAUGUGUGCAUUUGGACAAAAAUACUAAAAAUAAAACAAAAACAGGCACUCAGCCCAGCUUCUCAAUACUACUUGGAAAAAGGACUUACAUUCUUUUCAAUAAAUAUCAAGAACUACAGAAAAAAAUAAA